AAUGGCAAAAGUUUGACCCUCAGAAAUUCCUGGACACAUGGAGAAGAUUGUCAGAGGCGAAUUCGCAGUUAGAAAUUCAACUGAACUUUUUGAGUAAAUUAGCAAAGGAACAAUGGGAUGCAUAUAAAUCUGUGAUUGAUAGCUGCAGCAAGCUCAGAUCAGAAAAGUUUCAAGUGGUGUGACUGAAUUUCUAAUGCACAUAUGUGAUAUCAUGUUCUUGAGACUACACUUCAGGCUCUCAUGUUCUUGUUUUUCUUCUUGUGUUGAUGUUGAAAAUGCAAUUCUCGUAGUUGAUAGAGCAAGCUUCUGAACCCAACAAGGAAGCAGUUAUUAAAGCAUUGCUAGGUGCAAAAGAAGCUAUGCUUGGGAUUAGAUAUCAUAUGCGCCUAAUGGGUGAGGCUGCAGGUGUUCCUAUUGAACCAGAAUCACAAACAAAACUUUUAGAUGUUACACUGAACUUGGAAGGAGUGUUGUUGGCUGGAGUUCCAGGAGCAGGAGCAGGAGGAUUUGAUGCUGUCUUUGCUGUUACUUUGGGAGAUUCAAGCAGCAAUGUGACAAAAACAUGGAGCUCACUCAAUGUUCUUGCCCUUCUGGUUAAAGAAGAUCCUUGUGGCGUUUCUUUAGAAAGUGUUGACCCUAGAACAAAUAAAAUCACUUCAGCUGUAUCUUCAAUUCAUAUUGAAUAA